GUCCGCCCCGCCAUGAGUUUCUCCGGCCUUGCUCCGCCGCCGCCGUUCCUCCCGACGCCCGGCCGGCCGUCACUUCCAUGGGAGGAGUGGGAGCAGACCUUAACAGUCUACCUUCUAGCGUCCGGAGCAGCUGAGUUCCCACCAGCGCGACGCAAGGCCAUUCUUCUCCAUUGUUUGGGGGCAGAAGGGCAGCGUGUUUACCGGACUUUACCUGCAGGGUCAAAUGCCGCAGCACCAGCAAGCGCCGCAGCACCGGAAGUACAAGAGAAGCCUCCUGCGGCCGCUACUGACGAGUACGAGGCUGCACUCAUUGCCUUACGGCAGCAGUUUUCCACGUCGGGUAACGUCGUCGUCGAGCGUCAUCGUUUCCACCGCCGCAGCCAACACGCAGGCGAGUCCGUUCAUCACUUUGUUGCUGCUUUACGGGAGCUCGUUUCGCAUUGUUCGUUCGCUUCACAAGAUGAUGCUCUGCGGGACCGAUUUGUUGCCGGCGUUGCUUCCAACCGCGUACGUGAACGGUUGCUGCUCGAGGGUUCCUCCCUUUCGUUCGAGAGCGCAGUGCGGAUCGCUCUUCAGUUUGAGCAAGCAGCUGAAGAGCUGAAAGAAUUUGCUUCGGCCGAGCCUGUUUCUGUACGGCGUCCUUCCCAGUAUUCGCAUUCUUCGCGAAAAUUCGAUUUCCAGCCAAAAGCGCAUUUUCAGCAAAACUCUCCAAGCGCUAGCGGUUCGCGUGCGCCGCAGGAGCCCCGCCCCCCUCGGCGAGACAGAGAUAGCCGGUCCAUUUCACCACACUGUUUCCGAUGCGGCUCGCGGAAUCACCGCGCAUCAGCGUCACAGUGCCCUGCGCAGGGAAAGAAGUGUUUGUUUUGUGGUAUCAAGGGCCACUUUCAGAAAGUAUGCAACCGCAAGCGUCAAAUGCAAAGCAGGAUUCGUGAAGUUGGCAUCGAUGACGAUGCUUUGUCAGGGGGAAGUUCUGAGCAAGUUUUGACUGUGCAGCAUCCCACUCCCAGCGCAAUUUACAUACAAGUACGCGUAGCGGAUGUCAAGUUGUCAUUCCUUGUUGACUCAGGGUCGUCUGUUUCAAUUCUAUCAGAGUAAGAAUUUCACCAACAUUUUCAAAGCGGUUUGCUCCUGCCAGCUCCGCAUGUCACUUUGUUUGACUAUUCGAAGCGCCCAAUUUCCGUGCUAGGCUGUUUCCAGGCAGACGUUCAGUUUAAAGGGCACUCUGCCCCACUUCUUUUCUACAUCGUUCGCCAAGGAACUUGUCUGAUUGGCCUUGACGGCAUUAAGGUCCUAAAUCUUCGAAUACAGGGCUCCACUCUUGAGUGCCUGCACACGUCCGUUGCCCCGCCGCCGCGUGUUAAUGACCCGACACCUUGUCACAUUCCGAUG